CCAGAGCCACCAUGAGCCGCUCCCCGCUGCUGCUGCUGCUGCUGCUGCCGCCAGGGAUCGCGGCCGCCUCGUGGGCCGCCUGGAUGCCGCCGGCGGUGGCGGGGCUGGCGGGCUCCUGCGCCUCCGUGCCGUGCCGCUUCUCGUACCCCGAGGAGCUGCGGCCGGGCUCGGUGCAGGGGCUCUGGUACUUCGGCAGCCCCUACCCCAAGAACUACCCGCCGGUGGUCGCGCGCUCGCGCCCCGGGGGGGUCCACGAGAGCUUCGCGGGGCGCGCGCGGCUGCUGGGGGACCCCGGGCUGCGGGACUGCUCGCUGGAGCUGGGACCCCCCCUCAGCGCCGAGCUCGGGGGGCGCUGCUGCUGCAGGGGGGGCUGGGGGCUGCAACCA